AUGGAUUAUGUGCCAUUGAAAAAACUUCUACAUUUUCAUUCAGAUUCAGUAGACGUCGCGUGUCAAAGAGUCAAUUUAUCGAAACCUGGUGAAAUUGAGCUAGUGGGGAAAAUAUUAAGGGAUUGGAUACAGGAGCAGCCGCAUUUUCGCAGGAAGGAUUUCAGUGAUGCCUACAUAAAGAUGACAAUACUCACCUCUAAGGGUUCAAUAGAACGAGCGAAGAAGCAAUUGGAUAAAAUGUGCACAUACAGAACGCUAAUACCAGAAAACUUCCAGGACUGGGACAUUAGAAAGGAUUUCGGCCACGCAUUUGAAGUGUCAUCCCUGGUAAUCCUCCCAAAAUUAACAAAGGACCAUCAUAGAGUAUUCUUAUAUAAGGUUUGGGAACACUUCAAAGACGCAUCUCAGAUAUCAAGCAACUUCAAAUAUUCAUACAUCAUAGCUGAGUAUGCUAAGCAAUGUGACUUUGCAUAUGGAUAUCACAUUGUAAUUGAUCUCUUAAAUAUUACCAAUCUAUUGGAAACUGUUAAUAAACUAAACGUUGUGGAAUUCAAACAAAGUCUCACUCUUUAUAUGGAAGCAUACGGUAUGAAAAUAAUAGGAAUUCACAUUCUAUCAAACUCGAAAAUCAUUGAUGUCUUCGUAUCAAUUUUGAAACAAAUACUGAAGCCAAAGAUCGUGGACCGAAUCCAUAUAUACAAGACUUGGGAGGAUUUACAUGAGAUUUUAGGAAGAGAAAUAAUACCAAGUGAAUUUGGCGGUCAUGAAAAAUCAUUACGAGAGAUUCAAGAGGAUUGGAUAGAUGAGUUAUCUUCAAAAGCAUUCGGGGACUACCUUCGCGAAAUGAAUUCAGCCUCCACAGACGAAUCUCGUAGACCGUCAAAUAAAUUUACUGAAGAUUAUGCGGGGAUGCCUGGUACUUUUCGAGUGUUGAGUGUUGAUUAAUUAAAUCACUAUUAACUUGAUCCCGCGGCUUCACUCAUGUGGCAUCAGGAUGAAAUAGCCUGCGUGGAUUACCAGACUGUAAUUUACAAAAGAGUGAAGGAACCUAGGUCAGGCUUACUAUCAGGCGAGAUAGUGGUCAAGUGCCAAUUGACCAAUAAAAAAAAUUCUGAACUGAAUUUUAUACAGACUCGUUCAGUAGUUUUUGCGUGAAGAAAUA